GAUGGACAAGAACGCAGAACUGGAUCGUCGUCCUUAGAAAUUGUUGUGGGAUAGGCGAAUAGUUUGGGGGCGCUGGUGCGAUGUGCGUGAAGUGCUGUCUCUGCAAAAACCCUUUCUCCUGAAUCUUGAAUUUUUAUCUCUCUCCCUCUAUCCCACCCUCCCUCACUGUCUCGCCCCAUACCCCGCUCCCACCCACCUUUCUGUCUGCCGCGGUGUGCCUGAAGUUUUCCUGCAAUACGGCCGAGGUGCACACAGAAGCGGAUUCGGCAUGACGAGCGUGCCGGACACCGGGAAGGAAGGGCGCCCGGACUGCGAUUCCGCGGGGACGGGCUGCGCCAGCGGGGCAGAGGCGGAUGACAGGGAGUCUCUGAUGAUGGAGCUCACACGCCUGGUGCAGCGGGUGGUGAGGGAGAGCAGCUGGUGGGAGAAGCGGGGGAUCGACUGCGCCAUCCUGGCCGCGGCAUUCCUCUCCCUGCCCGCAGCCUUUCUGUUGCUGGGUUCGUCUCAGGCCCUGCUGGUUGCACUUGGGGUGCUGGUCAUGGGGACCGCUCACGCUGUCAUCACCUUCAAGGGGACGCAUCUGGCCAGCCACGGGGCGCUAAGCGAGUCCCAGGCUUGGGACGAGGUCUGGGCCGUGUUCUUCAUCGAGGUGUGCGGGUCCUUUACCGCCCGGGUGGGUGUGCACGCCCACAUUAAGAUGCACCACGCCCACACGAACAUCCUAGGCCUGGGCGACUCCAGCACCUGGAAGAUCCCCUUCCUCCCCCGGAGCGUGUACCUCUUCCUCGCCCCGCUGGGCGUGCCCAUCAUCACCCCGCUGGUGGCCCUAAGUCACUUGCGGGGGCACUCUCUGGCCCACGCUCUGCGCACAGUUCUGAUGGUUUCGUUGGGUCUGUACUCGCAGUACUGGCUGCUCAUCCAUGUGUCUGGGUUCCAGUCCCCUGCCAGAGCCCUACUCUGCAUGCUGCUGUGCAGGGCUCUCUACUCACUGCCCUACAUCCAUGUCAACAUCUUCCAGCACAUUGGCUUGCCCAUGUUCUCCCCGACUCAGCGGCCCAAACGGAUCCACCAGAUGACCCACGGGGUUCUGAACCUCCCCCGGAACCCGCUGCUGGACUGGACCUUCGGACACUCUCUCAUCAGCUGCCACGUAGAGCACCACCUCUUCCCCUUCCUGUCGGACAACAUGUGUCUGAAGGUGAAGCCUGUUGUGUCCAGGUAUCUGAGAGAGAAGAAGCUGCCGUAUCAGGAGGAUAGCUACCUCUCCCGCCUGCACCUCUUCUUCAACAAGUACCAGGAGCUGAUGGUGUUUGCUCCGCCCAUCACAGAGCUGGUGGGGGUGCAGUAACAGGGCUCAGGGGUCAGGAGGAGGGCCCGUCCAAAACCUGAGACAGCCCCGAACUGAGCCAAUGAGAUGACCACCGCUGGUCCUCCACGGCAGCGUCACCUAUCCCAGCAGGAGCAGUGGGUGUGGUCACAUGUCACACAGUCACAUGAUCGGAAGCCUUAACUCUCUAUUCAGGAAGUUUUUUUUUGGGGGGGGUUGUGAUGUGCACAGUGCAACAUUUUUUAAGCUCAUUAAGCCAUACUAACACAUAACCAAAAGCACUGGGGUAUAUUACCAGCUCAAAACUGUUCAGCUGCAGUAAUUUACUGAUUAACAAUAAGGAUCUCAUUUUAUAUGUUAAAUGAAGGCACUGAAUGAUGAUUGGUGGUUGUGAAUUCUGUGUAGAUGCCUUUCAGGCUGAUUCCUUAUGGCAGAACACAUGUCUGACAGAACAAAAAUAAAAU